AUGUCAGCAGAGGAAAGUAGCAGUGUUGGUGAAAUGCUGGAGAGUAAAAUUGAAGCUUCGUCCUUAAAGUUAGAGAAACAGUUGUCUGACGAUGCGCCUAGCAAUGUGGAGGUUCGUAUGGAAAAUGGGUUGUGUGAUGAUGACAAUGUGUUGGACGAGAGCAGGCAUGAGCAGCUUGUACAGAUGGUUAUUGAGCUGAAGUUUCAGAAUGAGUUCUUGAAGUCUCAGCUUGAGGUAUUGAAUAAUCUUCAAGUAAAAGAUGAUGGUUCUCAGCAGAAAGCAGAAGCAAGUGGUCAGGAAAGCGGGGAGUCUGCUGAUGUGAAAGAAUUACGGGAAAAGAUCGAGUCUUUGAAUAAAGAACUUAAUGAGGAAAAACAAACACGAGAAGCAGCAGAAGUGGCUUUGGAGCAUCUUCGCGAGGAAUACUCUGAGGCAGAUGCAAAAGCCCAAGAACUCUCCUUAAAGCUUACUGAAGGUGCUAGAGGCUUGAGGUCUGGUUUGCCUUAUAGAAAUCUUAAAAAGGGAAUAGAAGCUCAACAGAAAUUGGAUCAAGAAAUAAAAGAACGUGAGGAGAAAUAUUCUGAACUUGAUUCAAAAUUACAAAGGCUUCAUAAAAGAGCGAAACAGCGUAUUCAGGAGGUUCAAAAGGUAAAUUCUGUCUUUGGAUUGUUUGAUGUGGUUUACUUGCUUAUGAUGCUUUUAUACUGUUCAACCCUAGAGGAAAAAGAUGACCUUGAAGCCCGGUUUCGUGAUGUAAAUGAAGCUGCUGAGCGAGCAUCAUCACAACAGUCAUCUCUAAAGCAAGAGCUGGAGCGCUCAAGACAACAAGCAAAUGAAGCAUUGAAGGCAAUGGAUGCAGAGAGGCAACAAUUAAGAAGUGCAAACAAUAAACUCCGUGACAAUAUUGAGGAAUUGCGCCGUUCAUUGCAACCUAAAGAAAGUGCUCUUGAGGAAUUACAACAGAUGCUUUUGGAGAAAGAACAGGCUUUGAAAACUCGUUUACUUGCUUUACAUUUAGAUGCUGGAAGACAUGCAAGGGUUACUACAAUCUGCAGAAGAAAAAAACAAGCUUCGAUGGCCGAGCUUUCUUCUAAACAUCAGAAGAAUAUAGAGAACUUGGAAGGCCAAAUUGCUGAUGUUUUGGCAGAUAGGAACAAGGCUGCUGAAACUAUAUCCCAACUACAGGUGAUAGUUGCAGAGAAAGAGUCUAAGAUUGCAGAGAUGGAUGCAGCCUCAAGUGGUGAGACAGCACGGCUAAGAGCUGCUUUGGAAAGUGUAAAAGGAGAGCUUGCUCAUCAAAAACACGAGCAUGAGAAAGAAAAGGAGAGUUGGGAAGCUGCCUCCCAGGCACUGAAAACAAAGCUGGAAUUAGCUGAGAGUAAUUGCAUACGUGCUGAAAUUGAAGCAGCGAAAAUGAAAAGUCAGCUGGAAUUUGAAGUGUCCGUCCAAAGCCAGAUGCGAAAUAAAAAAGAUGCUGAACUAUUUGCUGCCAAAGAGGAGAUCAACCGCCUUGAAAGUGAAUUUUCCUCAUAUAAGGUCCGUGCUCAUACACUUCUUCAGAAGAAGGAUGCAGAGCUAGCUGCAGCUAUGGACUCUGAACAACUUAAAGCUAUUGAGGAAGCACUGAAAGAAGCCGAGAGAGAAGCAUCAUUGGCAUCUGAAGAAAGGGACAAGGCUCUUCAAGAUCUUCAGGAAGCAUUGGCUAAUCAUGAUAAAGAACUUGCUGAAAGAGAUGCAGCUCUUAACAACGCCAUUCAACAGAUAAAGAGCAUAGAAGCAAAACUUGAUUCUGCCAUUGUUCGUCACCAAUCAGAGAAAGAAGCAUGGGAAAUAAACCUUCAGAAUUUGGAAGAAUCAUGGCGAUUGAGAUGUGACGCACUGAAAGCAGAAAAUGAAGUUUCUUCUGGACAAGAUAUAGAAAGAGAAUUAGAAGAGCUUAAACUACGCCAUAAAAAACUUAAGGAAGAGCAUGAUUCAUUCCGGGAACUCGCUGAUAGAAUGAUGGAGGAGAAAGAUAAAGAAAUAUCUAAACUUGUUGAUGACAAUAGGAAUCUUCAUCAUUCUCUGGAAUCAAGACCCCGAGUUGAUCAUCAUGAUGAUAGCACUACAGCCUUGCAAAAACAAGAUGCAGCAAAUUCAAGCUCCAUUGCAGAACAGCAGAUUCUGCUAUUGGCAAGGCAACAAGCUCAGAGAGAGGAAGAGCUAGCACAAUCACAGCGGCAUAUUUUGGCACUUCAAGAGGAGAUUGAGGAACUUGAACGGGAAAAUCGUCUACACAGCCAACAGGAAGCAAUGUUGAAGGCUGAGCUUCGCAGCAUGGAUAGAACACAGAGAAGGGAUGGUGUGGAUUUGACAUAUCUAAAAAAUGUCAUCUUGAAGCUUCUUGAAACAGGAGAAGUGGAAGCUCUACUGCCUGUUGUUGCAAUGCUUCUUCAAUUCAGUCCGGAAGAGGUGAAAUUUCUCUUUCCGCUCUAUGGUUAUGCUGCUUUGGUCCUGAAAUUAGUGCAGAAAUGUCAACAAGCAUACCGAGCAUCUACUGACGUUCCACCAAGCCCCGGAAGCGACACUUCAGGAUCUGGUCUCUCGCUUUUCUCGAGAUUCUCAUUUUCAUAA